AUGGCGGACCCGGUAAGAAAUAUCAUCAUCAAGCUCGGAAGCAAGACACAUUCUCCGGAGGUGGCCUUUAAGCACAUUCAGACGCUAUUGCAGUUUGCUAUGAAGAAGAAGCUCAAACUUGAUCCUCUGCUUCGCGACGAGAUUUUAGUAACUGUGAUGACCUAUUACCCAGAGUUUUAUGCAGAAUGGUCUGAAGAUGAUGCGACUAAACUGCUUAUGAUGGUUUCUGAAGCCAGUGAUGAAGUUUCUCCAGUCUCUCGACGGCAAGCGGAGGCGCACCCUCUGUAUCUCGAAGCUGCUCAGAAAGAGGCAAAACACAGACAGGAGAUCCUCCGAAACAGGUCAAACAAUUUUGAAACUCCUAUUGAAAUUUCACCAGAUAAACCUGAUGUUUCUGCUACCCCAUCUUGUGUGCCUGUUAUUUCGGAAAAUUUAACUGCUUUGGAUUCCGAGAAUCCCCCUGUGAAUGUUGAUUCUACAUCUCUGUUUGUGAGUGAGUCUGUUGGUGUGAAAACUGAUGUCUUGCAUGUGUCUGAUGAGAAAGGAAAGUCCUCUGAUGAGCCAAAUAAAUUGAGUUUAGUUGUUUACGCUUCUGAUAAUGUUUCUCUGCCUCCGGCUGAAAUUGCUGAUGACCCUAAGGAAGUCUGUACUGUAGUUGACACUCAUGUCUUACCUGCUAAUGUUGAAUCUGUUGAUCUAUCAAGCCCCCACAAGUCUGAGAAAACAGGUGGAAUCCAUGCUGAUGUGGAUCAGCCUGAGAAGAAAAGGAAGUCGAGUGAAGGUGUUAAGCCGGAAGAAAAUCCGCCUAUUCAACAAGUGUUCAAGACUCUGCGAUCGUCUGUUAAGCAAAAGGGGCCUGCUGUUCAAGUUACUUCUGUACCUGCACCAUCUGUCAAAAAAGGGAAGCCAUCCACACGAUCAAGAGGACGAAGCAUUAAUCCUGAGGUUCAACCUGUCGAAGAAACUGAUCCAUCUGUUUACAUGCCUCAGUUUGUUUCUCCUGCUGCUCAGACCAAAUGGUCUACCCUGGUUAAAAGGGAUCUUAUUGUUCAACGAUCUGUGGAUGAGAACCAACUGCAUUCUGUAUGUGACAUUUUACCUUUGGUGAAUGAAGUCGGAUUGUUGAAGACUGUCACGAACAUCUGCCCAUACUCUAAGCUUCUCACGUAUGAAUUCUAUUGUAAUCUCAAUGACGAGAUUGACAUCCUAUCUAGGCUACGACCGAUGCAGAUUUUCAUCAGAGGAAGGUGGUACGUUUUUGGGCCUGACAUGAUCAAUGAAUACUAUGGUUUGACUGCUGUGCAAGAAGACCCCGUCACUGACUGGAACUUGGUGGCCAGAACUCUUACUGGUGGACAGACGAAAUCAUGGCCUACAGGAGAUAAGGACUAUCUGCAGAGCUCGCAUCUCACAUCCAGAUAUGUGAUUCUACAUCGGCUGGCCCUUCACAAUUGGCUCCCAUCAGCCCAUUUCCACAUCGUUGGCAAGUUACUGGCAGGCUUCUUAUUUCGCAUUGGAACAAAGAUGCCACUUGAUCUGGGAAAAUGGAUUUACUAUCACAUUCUUACCUUAAUUCAUCCACGGGAACAGAAGGUAAGACUACCCUUCCCAAAUCUGAUUUUUGGCAUUCUUACCACUCAGGGUAUCGAGCCUAUGCCCAGUGAGGUGAUCAGCCCAACACUGCUCUAUACUGUUGAUAAACGUCUGCUGACUGGAGAUCACAUUCGGGAUGUUGUCCCUGUAUCUGCCCCAUCUAAUUAUGAACCUGAUGCUGUGUCUGAUGACUCUCCUCAUGCUAAGGAUGUUUAG